AUGGAUCAAUUCAAAUAUGUAAAGAGAGAAAAGAAAGUAUCUAGUGCUGAUUCUUCUUCCUCUCCUUCUCCUUCUUCAUCUACAUCAUCAACUUCAACUACAUCUACAGUACCAUCAUCAACAUCUACAGUAUCAAUACAAGAAGAAACAUUAUUAUUACCAAAAAUAGUCAAACAACCAUUUAAAUAUAUAGUAGUAUUAGACUUUGAAGCAACAUGUGAUGAUGGAACCAAAAUAAAGAAUCAAGAGGUGAUUGAAUUUCCAUCGGUCAUUGUCGAUGUUGAAAAGCAACAGGUUGUAGCUCAAUUUGCAGAGUAUGUCCGACCGGUCUACAACCCAACCUUGUCGGCAUUUUGCACGCAAUUGACUGGCAUACAACAGGCUACUGUCGACAGUGCAGACAUCUUUGAAAAUGUAUUCAAGAGACACUUUAAAUUCUUGGUUGACAAUAAACUGCUACAAGAGAAUGGAGCCAGAAACGAAGAGAAUCCAUUUGCAGUAUUGUGUUGUGGUGAUUGGGACCUACUUCAAAUGCUUCCUGCUCAAUGUAGGAUCAAUAAGAAUGAAUCGGGAGAAUUACAUUAUCUGCCACCACCCAACUACUUUACCGAAUGGAUCAACGUUAAAAAGAUAUUUGAAAAGAAUUAUAAUAUGUCUGCCUAUGGAAUGGCCAAUAUGCUCCGCCAGCUAUCUAUACCUCUAGUUGGACGUCAUCAUUCCGGUAUCGAUGAUUGUCGAAACAUCUCUAGUAUAGUCAUCGCAAUGUUAAAGAAAGGUUGUCUCUUUGAAAUAACAACCACACAUAAACCUAAACCUCCAAAAGAACCAAAACAACAAUAUCCAAAGAAAGAUAAUAAUAACAAUAAUAAUAAAUCUUCUCAACCUCCAAAAUAA